UCUCGGGAACACGAUUUUAAACUCGGAGAUAAAAGAUUGUGAGGAAUAGAUAGAUAUGCUCAAGUUAGCACAAAUCCAAUUUGGUUAGAGUCUAAUUUAGAAAUUGAUUAGAAGAAAAUUUGAAAGUAUAAUUAGAUAUUGUGAGGAGAGAGAUUGUGUUGAAAUUGAAAGUUGCAAUUUGUCAAACCAAUAGUUGAAGAGGAAUUCAUUCUAUCGUCGACGAAGAAGGGACAAUCAUAGCCUGGCUGUCUAAGCGAAGGCAUCAGGCGCUAUGGAUUUGAGAUUUGCAAUUGUUUUUCUUCUUGUUCUGGGUGUUGCUUGUGGUUGUGAGGCUAGAAACUUGGCGUCAUUUGAUUCUGAGUUAAGUUACCUGGAGCAAGAGAAGGACGUUGAGGCUUUAUCUGAAGCUUCCAGCAAUUCAAAGAUAUGUACGCUUUGUGAGAGCUUGAUCAGUCAGGCAGUUGAAUAUUUUGCUGAUAACCAGACCCAGAGUGAGAUUAUUGGUCUUCUCCGGCAAACAUGCGGUGUGGCGGGCGUGUUCAAGGAAGAGUGCAUCAGUCUGGUGGACAGCUAUGUGCCUCUCUUCUUCUCGAAGAUUUCCUCAAUUGAACCUUCUAGCAUCUGCCAAUCAGCCCACAUCUGUGAGCAAGUUACUAUAAUCUCCUCGCUGUUUCAGGACCAUAACUGUGAAUUCUGUCAUCAGACUAUUUCAAAAAUAUUGGAUAAGUUGAAAGAUCCUGACACACAGAUAGAGAUACUUCAGACGCUUCUGAAUAUGUGUGACUCUAUUAAUUACCGCGUGAAAGAGUGCAAGAAAUUGGUAUUUGAAUAUGGGCCUCUGAUCCUUGCCAACUCGGAGAAAAUUCUGGAACAAACAGAUAUUGGCAAAGCAAUACACGCUUGUCCAGCCAAACCUCUUGGUGACAACGCUGUAUCAUCUGUUGGAACUGUGCCUUCGCUUGCCGACGCCUGAAUUCGCGUGCCAGACAUGAUGGGGGGAUCUACAUAUUGUGUAUGAAGGAAAAUGGGUAAGACAAUGACUUUUUGAUUGCCCCCCUGUCUGUUUACGAAUCUGAUAUGAUUCACAUCUGUCCAUGGUGGUCUGUGUAAACAUGUACAUUGAUAUGUGGAUAUAUAUGAUUGGCUGUUGCAUUGUCGAGUAAAUAAUUAAAGAUGCUUUGUUGGUAAAGCUGUUCAAUUUGAAUUUUUGAUGUAGACUUUGCUUGAGAUGGAACUUGGAACUAUUGUUGAUAAUGCUCUGCUUAAAUUAGAAAUUAAUGUUCUUUUGCUUUUA